CUUUCGCGCCACGCGGCCACCAUGGCGGCCCGCGGGACUCCUGUACCACCCACACAAGCGGUGACCAUCACCGAAGUGUGGGAGGACAACCUCGAAGAAGCAUUCAUCGACAUCAGAGAGCUGGUCGACAAGUUCCCCUACAUUGCCAUGGACACCGAGUUUCCCGGAGUUGUGGCGCGGCCAAUGGGCCACUUCAAGUCGACGGCCGACUACCACUUCCAGACGCUGCGGAGCAACGUGGACCUGCUCAACAUCAUCCAGCUGGGCAUCACCUUUGCGGACGAGCGCGGACACAUCCCGGCGUGGAUGCCGACGUGGCAGUUCAACUUUAAGUUUUCGCUCGGCGAGGACAUGUACGCGCAGGACUCGAUCGACCUGCUCACGCGGUCGGGCAUCCAGUUCAAGGCGCACGAGGACCGCGGCGUGGACCCGCACGCGUUUGCCGAGCUGCUCAUGUCGUCGGGCCUUGUCCUCAUGGACUCGGUACAGUGGAUCUCGUUCCACUCGGGCUACGACUUUGGCUACCUGCUCAAGCUGCUGACCUGUGCGCCACUGCCGUCGCACGAGGACGCCUUCUUUGAGCUCCUUUCGUUGUACUUUCCCAACAUCUUUGACAUCAAGUUUGUGGCCCGGUCCAUUGGCAAGGCCAAGGGCGGCCUGCAGGACCUCGCCGAGGAGCUGCACGUCACCCGUAUCGGGCCGCAGCACCAGGCAGGCUCGGACUCGCUCCUCACCCUCAACACUUUCUUCCGCCUCCGCGAGACCUACUUUGGCACCGGCUGGGAUCCGAGCCCCUACGUCGGCCGCAUUUACGGCAUCUCCACCUACUCCCAACGCAUGGCAGACGUCGAGAACCACAAGGCCAACAAGGGCGCUCCCGCCCGCCAGCCCGUCCAGCACCUGCCCGCUCACUCGGGCGCCGGCGCCGGCCGCACCCACAAGUCCUCGGGCAGUAGCAAGAAGCGCCAGAAUUCGCGUCGCCGCGGCUGAGCUGCGAUUGAACGCAAGUCCUCCCCC